CGACGACGACGACGACGACCUCGACGGCGACUGCGACGUCGUUCAGCCCCCCCCCCCACCCCACCCCUGGGCGCCAGUGCGGGGCGGGGCGGUUGCGAUGCGCGGCGCGCUCCGCAGGCGGCCCCUGCGGGCGCGACCUACUGCGCCACGCUCUUUUUGGACAUUGCAGAUGGAUUCGGCUUCUUGCAGCUGCUGAAAGACACCAAAGGCACGGUCACCCAUUUGGCCGAGCAGGUUGGUUUCGCCACUCGCGCUGCCAAGAAGCGCAAAGUCGCCGAGGUUGCGAAGGCCACGGCGGCGAUGGCCCCCAUCAAGGCAGCGAGGGUGGCAGCCCCCAUGAAGGCAGCGGUCACUGGUGACAAGUCGUGGUGGACAGAGCCUCUCACGAAGGUCCGCAUUGUGAAUGCGGCCUCGCCCAAGCGGGCGUGCAUCGUCGGCAACGCCAAGUCCAGCCCUGCGAAGAUGCGCCUGGUCGCGGAGACCACCGAGAAGCAGAGCAAUACGCAUUUGAAUAUGAUGCACCACAUCAUGUCGCAGAUCGAGAAGCGCAAGCUGUCCAAGGCCGGCGCGGAGAAACUUCGAACCGAGCUGCUGGGCUAGUCAGCCACUGCGCUGCGGUCAGCGCGCGCGGGGCCAACGAGAGCCAUCGGCGUUUGCGAUGCUCUGCGAGACGCCGGAGGCGAAGUUGAAGCUCGACGUCGCCAGGGGUUCCGUUGCUAGGCUCGGGCUCUUUGAAUGCUUGCGCAGAGGUGCUCCUUGUGGAGCCGUUGAUUUUCGACAAUGGGGUCUGCAGUUGUGGUGGGAA